AUGAUUUUAUCUAAAGUUAAAGCUUCAUGGGUGGCAAUCUUAAUUGUAGCUUCUUUACCAUUAUUAACCUUGAGUUUUCACUCUAGUAAUAUAUUGCAAAUGAGGGUUGAUGCUCUUGGAUCAAUAACUGGAAAUAUGCGCUUGGAUACAUCACACGAAUAUAGUAGUGAUACUGGUUGUAGUACAGAAAUAACAAACUUCUAUAGUAUAUCUAUUCCAUCUAGUAUCGAUACUGAGACUUUUCUACCAGUAGAUAGUUCCGGGAAUACCUAUAAUCCAUAUUCUGGUAUUAUUACUGGAAGUAAAGAUAUAAAUAGUAAUUACUUUAUAGCUCCCUUAAAAUUAGAUCCAGAAACAAAUUUGCCAGUCAUCGAAUUUCUCACAAAAGAUAAAAAAGAUCUAAUAUAUGACCCUAUAACUCGAUUACCAUUUAAUAAAGAAACAAAAGAACUUUUUGAUGCGUGUAGUUUGGUAACUUUAACUGGUUCAAUUGCUGGUAUUACAUCUCCCAUUUGUGCAAAUUCUACAUUUACCUUUAGUGAGAAUAACCCUGGAACUUUCAUCGACACUGCAAUUAACUGGUCUAUUGAUGCUUUUAAUGGUAGACUUAUAUAUCCAGGGGAUAAUUAUUCCUGGUUAGGUGGAACUAGAACAUGUGGAUGGCACAAUGGAUAUGUAAAAGAUAUUGUAACUGGAAUGAUGGUAGACACUAAUACUGGUCUACCUAUAGAUUCCUAUUCUAACUGCCCAUUUGAUCCUAUAAGUGGAUACUUAGUUAAUAGGUUGAAUGGAGAACAAAUUAUUGGGUCAUAUGCAGGUGUUUUCCACGAUGAAAGCCUAAAACCUAUUACUCCUAGCAAAGAAACUAAUUUUCUAUUUAUUGACCCUAUUAUUAAUGUUCCUUGUAAUGAUCAAAGAACUUUCGAUGAAGGUCAAAUAUACGAUGUAAUUUCAGAGAUCUAUGUUCCAUUCACCAGAUGUUAUGCUGUAAACCCUACAGAAGUUACAACUACAACUACAAAAGCUACAACUAUAAGAACUAAAGAAGUCAUGAGCAAACCCCCACUUAAACUAGAUACUGGAAGUACAGAGAAACCAACUACAACUACAACAACAAGAAAACCAACAACUACUACUACAACUACAAAGAAACCAACUACAACUACAACUACAACUACAACUACAACAACUACAACUACAACUACAACUACAACUACAACUACAACUACAACUACAACUACAACUACAACUACAACUACAACUACAACUACAACUACAACUACAACAACAACAACAACAACAACAACAACAACUACAAAGAAACCAACUACUACUACAACAACUACAAGGAAACCAACUACUACUACGACAACUACAGAAAAACCAACUACUACUACAACUACAGAAAAACCAACUACUACUACGACAACUACAGAAAAACCAACUACUACUACGACAACUACAGAAAAACCAACUACUACUACGACAACUACAGAAAAACCAACUACUACUACAACUACAAAGAAACCAACUACAACAACUACAACAACUACAACAACUACAACAACUACAACAACUACAACAACUACAACAACUACAAAGAAACCAACUACUACAACAACUACAAAGAAACCAACUACAACUACAACAACUACAAAGAAACCAACUACAACUACAACAACUACAAAGAAACCAACUACUACUACAACAACUACAAAGAAACCAACUACAACUACAACUACAAGGAAACCAACUACAACUACAACAGAAGAAACUGGACAUGAAGAUUCUGUGCCACUUAGUGAUGAGACUGGUUCAAAGACUAAAAAAGAGAAUGUUACUAAAGAGAAACCAGAAGAUACUGAUGAACAUAAACCAACCAGUACUGGUGAUGAUGAUGAACAUAUACCAAAAGUUAUCCAUACAACAACAACUACAAAAGUACCAAUUUCUCCAAAGAGUAUCAAAAUGAACCCAAUUCCUAUUAAUCCAAAGGCUGAUAAUACAACAGGAAUGAAAUAUGAUGAAAAUAGUGGUCAUUUAAUAGAUAAUUCUGGGAAUUUAAUUCCAGGGUCUGUUGGUGGUUCUAUUUCUCCAAUAAAGAAGAUAUAUCCUAUACAGACACAUAGUACAUCUCAUCAUCCAAUUGACCCAAAGACAGGUUUACCAUUCAAUACAACUAGUGGUAAAUUAAUUCAUCCUCAUACAAAUGAAACUCUAAAUGGUACUGCAGUUGCACACUCUCAUGCAACUAAUACCAAAACUAAAACUGAUUCUAUUUAUGGUUUACCAAUUGAUGGUUCCACAGGUCAUCCUAUAGAUCCAGUAUCUAAAGUUCCAUUUGAUCCUAAGUCUGGUAAGCUUAUUGAUCCAAAAUCAGGCAACCACAUCCCAGGUUCUAGAUCAGGUAUUGUAAGUGGUAUAUCAGGAUCCAAAAAGACAGUUACUGUGGAUGGUAAAAAAGUAGACCCUGCUACUCAUUUACCUAUAAGUAAUAAUGGUGGGUUAAUUAAUCCAGCUACGGGCAAAGUUAUUCCCGGGUCUAGAGGUCCAAGUAAACAACCUAUUGUACACAAAGAAAUUCAAGGUGGGGGUAUUGUUCCUUUAAGUAAAUCAUCAAGUGCUGCAUCUAAUGCAAAAUUGUCUAUCCCAAGUAAUGCUAUACCUGAUAUAAAACCAUCAAAUAUUAAAGUAGAUCCAGUGUCAAAUGUACCUUAUGACAUAACUUCAGGUAAAUUAAUUGAUCCGAAGACACACCGUCCCAUUAUAGGUUCUAUUGCAGGUGGAAUAAAUCCAAUUAAAUCAACUCCAUAUCAAACUGAUCAAACCAAUGGGAAUCCAAUCGACCCAUCAACUGGUAUACCAUUUAAUCCGGAAACAGGAAAUCUCCAAAAUCCCCAGGCAAAUACAACAAUACAGAAUUCAGUUUCCGGUUCUUCCGGAUAUACAAAUUCUAAUGGGAUUAAGACUGACCCUACCUUUGGUUUGCCAAUUGAUCCUAAAUCUGGCAAACCAAUUGAUCCAGUCAGUGAAGUCCCAUUCGAUGUAAAGUCUGGUCAAUUGAUUAAUCCCACUACUGGAGAGCCAAUAGCAAACUCCACAGCUGGUAUAAUUAGUGGAAAAUCCGGACAAGAUCCAAUUUUCAUAAAUGGUACAAAAGUAGAUCCAUCUACCAAUUUACCGAUUAGUUCAAAUAAUCAACUUAUUGACCCAAAGACAAAGGUAAUAAUUCCAAAUUCUGUUUCUGGUACUACAAAACCAGUUUCAAAAUUACCAAUAGAUGGUGGUGGUAUUAUUCCAACAGAAGUAGCUAAAAAACAAGCUAAGCUUGCAAGAGAAAAUAAACUUCCAGUAGAUCCAGCAUCUAUUAAUCUAGAUCCUCUUACACAUUUACAGUAUAGUAAUAAGACUGGCCAUUUGAUUAACCCUUUGACGGGAAAACAAAUAAAUGGAACUAUUGCUGGAGUAUUGCAUUACCCCGGAAAUAAAACUCCAAUUCAGACUGACAAAACAACAGGUCUCCCAGUUGAUUCAUCAACUGGUAUACCAUUUGAACCAAAUAGUGGACACCUUGUUGAUCCAAAAACUAAUAAGCCAUUCCCAGGAACUGAAUCAGGUGAUUCAAAACUUACAAAACAAAGUAAUAUUGCAACAGAUCCUACAUUAGGAUUACCAAUUGAUAAGGAGACUGGUUUACCAAAAGAUUCAGUAAGUGGUUUACCUCAAGAGAAAAAUGGAUCACUAGUUGAUCCAUCAACAAAAAAAGUUCUCCCUGGAUCUCAUUCUGGAUUCAAUUCAGGCAAGUCAGGAAUUCCAUCUACAAAGACUGAUAAGCAGACUGGACUUCCAAUUGAUCCAAACACUGGCUUACAAUUUGACCCCAAAACAAAGGAAUUGUAUAAUAAUGAAACAAAGAAGUUCAUUCCAAAUUCUCAUUCUGGUACAAUUAUGUCAACACCGGGAGUUCCACAACCUGGUCCAGGUGGUGUUUUAACUCCUGCUCAAGUUCAGAAUGAAGUUAAGCAAGCAUUACCAUCUAAUUCAUCAACUGUAUCUUCACCAAAACCAAGUCCAAAUGCAAUGCCUGAUACUAAUACAAAUGUAUGGUGGGAUUCACAAACUGGACAGAUUUACAACCCAUAUACAAACAAAACAAUACCAGGAUCUGCAAGUCCUAUUAUAAAUCAAGUUGAUGGAACACCAACUCAAACAGACCCAGUAACAGGAAUGCCAUCAGAUCCAUCAAGUGGGUUACCAUUCACACCAGGUUAUAAUACAUUACAUGAUCCACAAACUGGUAAACCAUUAACAGGUUCAGUAGCUCAUUCAGGAAUUUAUACUCGCAAUAAAAAAAUUGCGACAGAUGGAAUUUUCGGUUUACCAUUAGAUCCAAGUAGUGGGAAUCCCAUAGAUCCAGUUUCUAAAGUUCCAUUUAAUAAAGAGGGUAAUUUGGUAGAUCCAUCUACAGGAAAGUCAAUACCAAGUUCUAUAAGUGGUAUCUUAAGUGGAAAGGCAGGACAGCAGCCAACAAAGAAAGAUAAUAGUGGUAAUCCAAUUGAUCCAUCUACUAAUUUACCAUUUAAUAGUACUUCUGGUCAGCUUAUUAAUCCAACUACCAACACUCCAAUAGCAGGAUCAACUGCAGGCGUGUUCUACCCAGCUCCAGGUACUUCUGCUCCAAAAAAUGGGGGUAUUAUUCCAGCUAGUGUUGCACUUUCAGAUGCUCAACAUUACAUGUCUGGUAUUAAUUUAGAAUCAAGUAACGUUAAAAAGGCACCUCCUCCACCAUCAUCUUCUAAGGGUGAUGUUACAAUUGAGGCUGCUGGUGGUGCUUCUGCAGCUGUUGCUUUAGCAGCAGCAGGCGUUGGUGCUUGGUAUGCUCGUAGAAACAGAGGUGAUUCUGACGAUGCUGAAGAUGACGAUGAAUAUGCUGAUGGUUUUGAGGCUGAGUAUGAGGAUGAGGAUAGAGAAGAAGAUGACCAACCAAGAGAGACUGUUGUAACAAUUGAUCGUGAAUCUUCAUUCUGGAAUGAAUCAUAA